CUGUAGUUUUCAUGCCCACCACUUCAAUUGGGUGUAUUAACGAAUAACGAAAUUUAGUAAGUUACGUACCGUGAAUUAGGUGGCAAAUACUACACUUUUAUUACAACUUUAAAACAUACCAUGACGUUUAUGCUGAAGAAGAAACGCUAUAAAUUUCACGUGGAAUUGUUUCUCCAAGAGUUAAACGCCGUUACCUUCCCGAGUGCCGUUCUCUUUGCCAAGUUGCGGCUGCUGGACGGCGGCAAUUUCUGCGAAAUGUCUUCCAGAGAGGAAGUGCAGCAGCACACUGUGCGUUGGGCGGUGAAAUUCCCGUUUGUUUGCAAAAUGUCGGCCAAUGCAUCCACAGGCGUCCUGGAGCCUUGCCUUUUACGGAUAUCCAUCCGAAAAGAAGUUAAAGGAGGUCGGUCUCACCAGAAACUCGGAUUUGCCGACUUGAAUUUGGCCGAAUUUGCCGGUUCCGGUUCCACAUUGCGCCGUUGUUUGUUGGAGGGUUACAACAAGCGACACCGCCAGGAUAAUUCUAUCCUGAAAGUCACCAUUCUCAUGACGCUCUUGUCAGGCGAUCCUUGCUUCAAAGUGCCAACACCACGACAGAUGUCAAUUCCGGUGAAUUCGCCUGUCAACAACUCGUUAAUUUUGGAUAGAUUAAUGUCUUCAAAUGUUGGUGGCGGACCAGAAACUUCAGACCUGGAUGAGAUUUCUGGCGGUGGCAGUAGAGCACAGGAUGUCAAUGGCGGUCUGCAAAAGGUCCAGGAGCCGCAUCGAGACUCGGAAACGUUUCUCGGUUCUUCGUUGCCGGCGUUGAACGUCUUGGUCGAGUUGCUUCCAGGACACUUGACGGAUUCUUCCGAAUCACAGCACAGCCGGCGGUCCAGCUUAGGGGAGUUGGGACAUUUCAGAUUUCCAUCCUGGCCAGUCUGGUCUCCGCACUUAUCCAAGCAGCGUUUGCCCCAGCCUCUCCCCGUUAUCGCACCGUCCGUCACACUCUUACCGGCCGACGGACCUGUUUCGAACACUUCUUCCGGCAACGGCGGAGUCGGCAUUGGCAGUGAUGGACCGGAAACGAGACGAGAUCAUACGAUGAAUUCAUUUACGCACAGUAAUAGGAGGCCCACCAGUCUGUUGCCCAUUGGACGGCCGCAGCCGCUCGGUCUAACAGCCUUGAAUCAUCUUUCACCUUCUGAUGUUCCGCUCCGUUUUCUCAUUCCGCCAGCCACUGUUGCCGCCGUCAUCCUUCCAUCCCUGCAUGAAAUUAGUUCAAGACAUUCCAGGAUUCCGAGCAACGGGUCGGGAUUCAGCGACACGGGUUCGAUGGAGCGUCCUAAAACAGCCGGCAGUGUCAUUGGAGUUGCUGGAACAGGUCAGGCUACUGGCACAGCGACGUCUUCUUCAGAUACCAACACUUCGACAUCCUCCACCGGCACGGUCGACAAGCGCAAAAAGUUAGAGGAGAGAAUCGACGCCAGACAAGUGAUUGAUGAUCUCAUCAAAUCGGUCAACCUGGAAAACGACGUCAACGCCGUGUCCGGUUUACAACUGAGAGACAUCACCAAAACGCACAAGAUUAGCUGAAGGGGGCAGAACUUUGAACGCUUCCUCUUUGGCUCGUUCAAUAUAAAAGGGCUACUCCUUUUCCAUCCUCCUGACUCCUUCCUUACUAUUGGAUCGGCUUGUCCUGUUCGACUAACUUUA